AAGGGAGAUUGGAUCAAAUUUACAAAAGCCCGCCUUGCUCCUCCUCUGAUUGGCUACUAGUGGAUUUUGUAGCCAAUCGACAAAGACUAAAUGCUGUAUGGAGGCGGGUCUUUAAAGGAAAAACAUAAUCCAUGGACUAUGUGUGUCAGGAAUAAACAAUGUCCAGAUUCUGCCGGUUAUGGAAUAGAGGACUGUUAAGGACGGGAGUCAAACCCUCGUGUGUAGGACGAACUAAAGUCAAGGCACAUCGUUAUUAUUUGGAAAUAACACCCGUAAGGCAGUCCAAAAAUUACUGUUCCUUAUCAUCAACUCUAAACCUCAACUUAAAAAUGGUGGACUCCCAGUUCUACCUUCCAAAUGACAUCGGCAUCUCUGCGCUCGACUGCGGCGAGGCCUUUCGUCUGCUCUCACCUCAGGAGAAGAUGUAUUCCCACUACCUGUCGCGAGCUGCGUGGUACGGUGGUCUGGCAGUGUUGCUGCAGACUUCACCAGAGUCGGCGGAAAUCUUCGUCCUGCUGCAGAAAAUCUUUAGGAAACAGACGCCAUCACAGCUGGCAGAGGUCGCCACAGCAGCUGGACUCAGUGCUGACGAGUAUCAGGCCUUUUUGGUCUAUGCAGCAGCUCUGUAUGCUAACAUGGGGAACUACAAGUCUUUUGGAGACACUAAAUUCAUCCCAAAUUUACCCAAGGAGAAACUGGAGACUCUGAUCAGGGCCAGCCAGGCCUUCCAGGAGCAGCCGGCUGAGAUGGAAGCUCUGUGGAACAGCUGCUCGUGUCCUCUCUACUCCCUGGAAGAUCGGCAGAAACAGUUGGGACUGGGAGACAAGGGAAUUACUACCUACUUCUCAGGAAACUGCAGUUUGGAGGAUGCUGAGCUGGCUCAGAAGUUCCUUGAUUCAAAGAAACUGUCAGCCUACAACACUCGUCUCUUUAAGCGGGAAAACGGAGGGAAAUCCUGCUACGAGGUGCGAUUGGCUUCAGCUGUACAAAAAGAAUGUGCUGUGGAGGGAGAAUGCGAGUCGAGCUGCGGGAGUUUCAGUUUCGAAGACAAAGAGUUCAGUGUAAAGAGAGGAGACUACGCUCCUCUCAUGGAGAGAGUCUGCUGUUUCCUCCGACAAGCAGAGACCUACGCCGCCAAUGAAAACCAGAGGAAGAUGAUUCAGGAAUACGUACGCAGCUUCACCCUGGGCUCCAUCGACGCUCACAAGGAAGGCUCCCGCUAUUGGAUCAAAGACAAGGGACCGAUUGUCGAGAGUUACAUUGGGUUCAUAGAGAGCUACAGAGAUCCAUUUGGCUCCAGAGGAGAGUUUGAAGGUUUUGUUGCCGUGGUGAACAAGGCGAUGAGCGAGCGAUUCGCCAAACUGGUGAGCUCAGCGGAGGUCUUGCUGCCACAGCUGCCUUGGCCCAAAGAGUUUGAGAAGGACACGUUCCUCAAACCUGACUUUACUUCACUGGAUGUUCUCACCUUUGCUGGAAGUGGAAUCCCAGCAGGCAUCAACAUCCCUAACUAUGAUGACAUCAGACAGUCGGAGGGAUUUAAGAACGUGUCACUGGGCAACGUCUUGGCUGUGGCCUACGCUACAAAGAAAGAAAAACUCACCUUCCUGGAGGAGGACGACAAGGAUUUGUUCAUCAAGUGGAAAGGCCCCUCGUUCGAGGUACAGGUUGGCCUCCAUGAGCUGCUGGGUCAUGGAAGCGGGAAACUGUUUGUUCAGGAUGAUCAGGGGAAGUUCAACUUUGACCAGAACAAAGUGGUGAAUCCAGAAACUGGAGAACUGGUGUCCAGUGCGUAUCGGGGCAGUGAGACGUGGGACAGUAAAUUCUCCACCAUUGCGUCGUCCUAUGAAGAGUGUCGCGCCGAGUGCGUCGGCCUCUACCUCUGCCUCAACAAGGACGUUCUCAGUAUCUUUGGUAAUGAAGGCCAGGACGCGGAGGAUGUGAUCUAUGUGAACUGGCUCAGCAUGGUCAGAGCCGGACUGUUGGGCCUGGAGUUCUACACACCUGAGAGCAAGAGCUGGAGACAGGCGCACAUGCAGGCUCGUUUCGUCAUCCUGCGUGUCCUCCUGGAGGCCGGGGAGGGCCUGGUCAGCCUGGAGGAGGCAACAGGACAGGACGGCAAGCCUGACUGCAAGAUCACGUUGGACCGGAGCAAAAUCCACACCGUGGGCAAGGACGCCAUCCAGAGGUUCCUCUGCAAACUGCAAGUGUUAAAGUCGACGUCAGAUGUAGAAGGAGGCAGAGCUCUGUACGACUUCUACUCCACCGUCAGCGACAGCGGCUCUCACAACUUCCUGCGUCUCCGUGACACGGUGCUGCUCAGGAAGGAAGACCGGAAAAUGUUCGUCCAGGCCAACACCAGAAUCAGCGGAGAAAGUGUGGAGCUGGUGGAGUAUGAAGGCAGCGCCGCCGGUUUAAUUCGCUCCUUCAUUGAGCGAUUUGAAGAAGACACGGAUCAGCUGGAGGCCGACCUCCUGGAGAUGAGCAGAAGGGACGCUCCCUGCUGGUGUUGAUGGACAUUUGAUCCAUGGUCUGCCAAUAUGAGGAUAAUUUUUUUUAAGCAUUAAGUCUGAUUAAAAAGUAAUAAAUAAGGAAAACAAAAAUGCAA